AUGUCCGAUGCUGGAUCUGAUGCCGACACCAUUGCACCGUCAGUUUUCACAAACACCACCACAACAGCGAUAUCGGCCGUCACCACUACCCAAUCCAUGGAUUCACCCAUGGACCCCGACUCAAACUCCGCACUGUCGGACGAGGCCAGCUUCGACACUCGGUCUCUCCAUGCCAGUGUUCUAGACUACCCCAUGUUCUGGGGCCGCCGCUACCAUCGAUACAAAGAAGGCAGUUAUCUCUUCCCCAACGACGAGGACGAAUCGACUCGUCUCGACGACCAACACGAAAUAUUCAACCGUCUCCACCACCGACUCUUCUUCGCCCCGCUCCAUCCCGACAAUGUCUACAACGUCCUCGACCUGGGCACCGGCACCGGGCAGUGGCCCAUCGAACUGGCCGACUCGAACAUCCUACCGCACGCGGAAAUCACUGGCAUCGACCUGUCCGCCGUCCAGCCCGUCGACGUCCCGAGCAAUGUCUGUUUUGAGAUCCAAGACUGCAGCGACGACGACUGGCUCCGGCCCUUGGACAGCGUCGACUUCUGCCACGCCCGCUUCCUCGCGGGGAGCCUCGUUUCUUACCGCGACAUGAUCCGCACCGCGAGGAGGUACAUCACCCCCGGCACCGGCUGGAUGGAGAUCCAGGAACUCCACCCGACCCCCGUGAGCGACGACAACACCAUCCCCGACAGGUGGCCGCUGAAGGUCUGGGACGACAAUCUACACCGAGCCGCCGCCAGGGCCCUCGACCCUCCACGCCCCGUCCGGGUCGCGAGUCAUCUCAAGUCGUGGAUGGAACAGGCUGGCUUUGUGGACAUUCACGAGCACGUCAGCAAGAUCCCCCUGGGUUCGUGGCCGAAGGAUCCGCAUCUGAAGGACAUCGGCACGUGGUGGUUGGAGAAUUGGUUGAGUGGCUUACCUGGCUUCACGUACAAACUGUUUGGGGUCGAAGGCCUAGAGUGGACGCGCGAGGAGAUUGAGGUCAUGCUUGCCGAGGUGAGGAAGGCGGCCAAGAACAAGGCUGUACAUGCCUAUCAGAGAGUUUAUGUUGUUUACGGGAGGAGGCCGAGUAAAGAGGAGGAAGCAAUGAUAUGGGGCAAUGGACAUGGAUGA